UGUUUGAGCAACUCUAGUGCAGUUAACAAGUGAUAAAGGCCAAAAAAGGAUGAUGAAAUUACUGAGUUUGGGCGUUUUUCUGCUCAUCGGAGGAGUGUUGACAGAGGAUUUGUGCAUCGGAGAAUCCAAGGAUGGAAAGUGUGCAUUUCCAGCGAGAAAGAUCUCAGACAGUGAAGUGGACAGCUUGAUUAUUCUCUGCAAACUGGCAAAGGGUGUCUUUCCCUUCCAACCCCGAGACUCUAUGGCUCUUCCAAAGUCUCGGAAUCGCAAGCAAAUUCCCUAUCUUGAGAUGCGCAACUACAAUUUCGAGUAUAUGUACAAUUUCCACUUUGGCGAUUGCGAGGAAAACAUCAAGGCGCGCAGGGAAACCUUCUUCUGGCAACCCAACGUUGGUUCUGACUUUGUUGGACACACACUCCUCGCCAGGGAGUUCAAUGUUGAUGACAAAGAGAGGAACAACACUUGCAUUGGUUUAGCACAAACCACAGACUCAGAAAAGGUGGUCUUCAAUCCGAUUCAUCGGGAUAACUUCGAUGGGGAAGAGCCUAAGGAGCCCUACAGCUACGAAUACUUGACUCUCUUGGUGCCACUGAAGCAGACCUUCAAUGUGACGAAAGAAGUAUCUCGAGUUGAGACUCUGAAUUACUCUGAGAAUGUUGGCUUCUUCACUUACUACAACCCUUCAGAGUUCGAACAAGUGAUCGAAAUGUUUGUCGAUAUCAAGUACAGAGUUGCAUACAACUUCAAGGACGCAACUUUGGAUGAUUCCUUAUUUGAAGUUAACGAUGCGGAGGAUAAUCAAGAUGUUAACAUAUUGACGAGGCAAAAUAUCGAGAAUAGUCUGCAAAAGAGAACAGGCUACAACGUCACCGUUCCACCCUUCACAGCCAUCACAGCUCGCAUCGUUGGAAAGCAAACGACUGUGAAAUCCGAUCUUCUUGCAACUAGAUUCUAUCUCUACAGCGAUGAACCAUCUGGUUUCAACUCAACCGCCGAUGUGACCGGAAACAGAAACGAGUACUUCCUAAAGGACUUUUAUCUGGAAGAUGUUCAGGUGCAUCACACUUCUGAGGUCCUCGUUCUCAACUACACCACGAUCUACGUCGCUCUGCUCUGCUUAGGAGUGGUUCUUCUGGCUGGAAUUGUGGUCUUCUCAGUCAGAUUGGCCAUUAAGAAGUUCAGAACGCCACCUGCUGUGCCUUAUCAAACGCUCCAGGCGGACUCUUAAGCUUAGAAGCAUUGAAAUAUUGACAAAUAAAGUAUAUUUAAACCCAGAA